AUGAAAUUAUCGUUCGUUUUGGCGCUGGCGGCCAUCUUCCCUUCAGUCGCAUCCCAAUUUCACAUUUUCCUCGUUGUUUCGUGCGAAUCCUACUGCCACAUGAGCGUUCGUCACGGACGGUUCGAGCACUUCAGUCUUUCCGAAUAUCCCGCGCGGAUCACUCGUCACUUUGACAAACCAGUUCCGGAAGUUUACUUCAGAGUCAGAAACUUCCGGAACCAAACGGACCUAUUGCCAACCAGCUGGGACCUCGACUGGAUCAGUCACGAGAACACGACGUUUUACUACAAUCAGAAUGGAGUUCUCAUUUUCGGACAUUACUUCUGUCCAGAGUAACAUCUCCGUUUUCGCCCCUGAUCUGAAAUUUUACUUGCAGAGGAAAGUGUCAGUAUGACAGUACUCGGGCCGACUACAAGAAUCAAGUGAAUCGGUGGUCGUUCGGUAUCAUAUUCUCCGGAUUCAUUUGCUUUCUUUUCAUCAGCGGAGCAGCCGAAGUCAUCUUCAAAUGGACCAAGAAACUGAUCCGUGGAAGGGGAAAAAACGUGCCGGACUACGAUUCGCUCGUGCUCACGGCGAAGAAUGAAAGGCAGCAGCAGCAGAGAACCAGUGGGUGA